AUGGUUUUUAAAAAUCUUUGCAAUGAUUACUCGCUUCUUGACUCAUGGUACGAAUGUUUGGAAGAACUGGGCCAACUACUCAAGAUUCCUGAAACUCUUUCCAAGCUUUUAACGGAUGAAAAGCUGCGAGCAUUGAAAGUAGAAAAGGCUGGUGAUGAUGAUGAUGGUUCAGAUCAGUCCAUUCCUGAAACUCUUUCCAAGCUUUUAACGGAUGAAAAGCUGCGAACAUUGAAAGUAGAAAAGACUGGUGAUGAUGAUGAUGAUGAUGGUUCGGAUCAGUCCGUUUUUGUGAUGCUUUUUGAGCUAAUCACUAUCCAUCCGUCUUUGGCUAUUGAUAUGCUCAAAGGUAAUGGAAUUUUCGGUUCCGUACACGAAGUGUAG